UGAGCGCCAUAACCUUCACUGCCCCAUGGGAGCGACGAGAAUACAGAUCCGGAAGAUUCGCCUCACGCACGCAGCAAUGGCAGUAUUCCAGAGGCUCAUUUGCCCCCAGAAGAGAAUGAGGUCGAUGAUAUGUCUUUGGAAGACGCACUACAGUCCCUCAGCCGCUCCAGCUCCCCGUUUCAUCCCGACAUCCCUCUGGAAGGUCCUACCCCGAGGAAGAAGUACGACUACUCGAUUUCAUUGCGUUCUGAAGUUCAGCGUACCCCAUUCGACAAAUAUCGUAAUGUCGCGCUCAGAAAACCGCUCGCGCGGACGAGGACACCGUCCCUUUCUCGGACGACACCCUCGCCUGUCUCAUCACCUCCAAACUCCACACCUCGCAGCAACAGAUCUAUUGCGCUACCCACAGAAACACCGUCUCCGACUCCUGGUGUUUACGUUCCCUUACCCCGAUCGAGAACAGCCUCUCCAGCUGUCACGCCACUCCCAAGCGUCGUGAUACAGCCCCCAGAGGAUGAGAGUAGCGAUGAACAAGAGCUCUACACAGAGCAUUACCAGGACCAGCCACAGGAAAGUGAUCUCGAACCUGGGCAGGAGGACUCUGCCACCCAGUCGGACCGCGAGCCAACAUUCUCAUCCGCAUCGUCCGAUCCAAGCACUCAAGUCAACAACGACCGAACCAUAGGUGCGCCUUCGACAGCAUUUCCAUCACCGGCUAGAUCAGUAUUGGAUUUCACCCCCGUCCCACGACUUCGCACUCAGUUCAAUGUCCCACACGCAUACAAUGAACUAGGUACAGACGCAGGCGAAGAGCCCCUCACUCCUCACGCCCGCAGACGGUCAUUUCUCCUUUCAGUCAUCAACUCUACCGCCCGGCCCCGCAUGAAGUUCACCCCUCACCCCCACAGACAACUCACCGCUCUCCCUGUGUCCCAGAGCUCAAGCGGGAGCGGUGAAAGCGCAUCCAGUGGCGGCGCAACGCCCGCCGGUCCCCUGCGCACAGCAUUUGCAGGUAUCACCCCUCGACCUGGGCGGGGGCGGGGCCGCAUGUCCCACCCUCUCGCCCAGGUGCAUGCUCCAGACAGCGCAUCCUCCGCAGGUGACAGUGAGCAUCUCGCCUCCCCCUCUGACACCGAGCUUCGUGGUGCAUCAGCCUCCUUCAUUUCCACCGCGUCGUCGAACGACCUCACCACACACCCACGUGCCAAUACCUCGUACGAUCCUGCAGUUGGCACAGGCCAGCGCGGCGUGGCGCGCUUCGACGCGCCGAAGCUGAACCACUACCUGCAUACGCUAAACUCGAAGUUGCAGGAAGAGAACAAGAUACUUGUCGACCGGUUGAGGAAGUACGAGGAGGUGAAGGACGCUGAGCAGCGGCGGCUCAGUUUGGAGAGUAUGAGCUCUGGAAAGGGGCGAAGGGUCAGUGCGGGAAGUGCACUGGGCGAUGUGGAGGAAGAGGUGGAAGCAGUGGAAGAGGAGUGGGCAGAGGAGAAGAGAGAUUUGGAGGAGCUCGUGGAGAACCUAGAGGCUCAGCUCGACAAGCUGGCAGCAGAAAAGGAGAGCGUGGCUCAGGACCUUGAGACUGAACAGCGUGAACGUGCCCGGGACAAGGAACGUUGGCGGGAGCGCAUGCAUGAAGUCGAGAGUGGCGUUGCGGAGAUCGUGGGUGAUUUGGAGAACAAAGUCGCAGAGACCGAGCAAGCACUGGAAGAGAGGACCAAGGAAGCAGAGCGUAUCCGUGAACGACUUCAGAGUGAGCGUGACCUUGCGCUGGAGAGGGCUGCACAGGCGGAGACGGCAAUGGAGAAUGGGAAGGAGCUUGGGGGCGCACUGAAGGAGGCCAACUCCCGGAUCAGCGUGCUCACAGCCGACCUGCGGAGUGCGACCGCGCAGAUCAAGGAUCUGGAGGAUGAAAUCAUGGCGAGCGACAGGCGCGUUGAUGAGCUUGAGAAGGAGCUCAAAGGCGAGCGGCUCUCCACCAAGUUAGCCAACGAUGAUCUUCACGGUCAGCUGAGCGAGAUGGGCGCCGAGAUCAUGCGCUCUAGUGCUCGGGCAUCCGAACUCGAGAAGGACUUGAAAGUUCAAGAAGCCGCUGCAAGACAUCUCCAGAAUGAGCUGGAAGCCAAAUCAGAUGAGCUUGCAGAGGCACAGCAGCUUAUUGCGCAAUCCGACAAGGACAUCAAGGAGGAAGUUCGCGAUCUCAAGACCUAUACUGCCGAGCUCGAAAAGGCUGUCACCGCUGCGACUGAACGCAUCCAAGACCUCGAAGAGCAGCUUGGUUUUGCUCAAGACCGUUAUAACCAGUUGGAGGCUGAAGAACAAGAGGCUAACGACCGCGUUGAAGCACUGGAAGAGGAAGCUGAAAGGGCAUCGCUGCUGGUCAGCCAAAUGGAAGACGCUCUCGACGCUGCAGAGCAGAAGAUGCACACUGACGAAGAGGCCGUCGCAGAGCUCAAAGCCAAGAUUUCUACCCUCGAACGAGAAAGAGAGCGCGAGAGGGAGAUGUCUCGACUGCUGAAAGGACAACAUUCAGACGAGAGCAACGCUGAAAUCGAGAGUGCGCUCGAGGCAGAGCUGGAGCAGGCGCACAAAGAGAUCGCGAGGCUCAAUGAACUCCUUCGGCACUCUCCUGCACGGAAAGCUAUCGAGGCUGCCAAGGAUCAGAGGAUCGAGACCCUGGAGAGAGAUAAAGAGCAGCUCCAGGCACGCGUCAAGGCCCUCCGAUCGACCAGUCUCGAGGUGGCAACUCCGAACAAGGUGGUUAACCUUAGUGGGAUCUCUCCGAUUCAUCGACAUGUAUUAUCGAUGUCUGUCAGGGGUCCGAAGACACCUGGAGGUCCUUUGAAAGAUCUUUCGUGGUUGAACAAUACCACCGGGGAUGCUUCAGUGUCCCCCCUAUUGACUGAAAUCGGUCGUCUUCAAGCUGAGCUCGACCGUGCCAACGACAGUAUCGACCAAAAGCUCGAUGAACUGGAAGAUGCCGGACUGGGAGUUGUGUCCCUCACUAGAGAUCUUGAGCUUGCCCGAUCCAAGAUUUCUCAACUUGAAAACGAGACGGGAAGGUUACAAAGACGCGAGGAUCGUCGACUUCAUCGUCUCCAAAGGCUCCGUUGUCAGAGAUGUCUGGUCAAGGUGGACACAUUGGCAUUGCAACGAUUUUACGACGCCGAUGAAAGCUCCUUGGAUAUAUCGCACAGCGGCCUCCCUUCCAACCCCCCGACGCCUCCGACAAAGACCAGCGAAGCUCUUAGAUUGGACCUUCAGGCAGUGAACAAGGAACUUGACACGAUGAAACAACGGUGGGAGGAAGAGAAACGCCAUCUUUUGGGAGAAAAGGCAGUCCUUCAAGACGCUGCGAACCGGAUGCACGUGGAAGUGCGGAGCGCAAAGGACGAGGCAAAGAGAGCUGCUGAAGCUAGCCGACGAUCUAGAGCUGAUAGUCGGGAGGUCGAGCGGGCGAAGGCUGUCAUUGCUGACCUCGAGGCUGAGCUGCAGGCUGAGAGAACGCGUCUCAGACAGAUGUCCACGGAGCAGAACCGCGUCCAGCGUGAGAAGAGUGACGUUGCUCGCCAACUACAAAGGACCGAAACGGAUAUCGACGACGUCAAGAAACAGCUGCAGAAAGUCAAGCGCGACAAUCAUGAACUAGAAAACGAAUUGCGGAGUACGUACCUUCCCAUCUCUCCAUCAUCGCUGCUGAUUAAAAAAUGCAGCCAAUGCCACCGUCGAGCAGCAAGCUCGCCUCCUCGAAGGCAAAGUCAAAGAAAACGCAGAGACAAUCGACCACCUGCGGCAAGAGCGGUCCCUUCUUGCAAAGGAUCACAAGGAACUUCAACGGCGGUUCACUGAAGUAUCAGAUCGAGCCAACAGGCUUCGCGAUGACUACACAAGAUCACAAUCAUCGCAUGAGAACCGCCGUCAACAACUCGAUUCG